CAAAACAGUAAAGCGUCCAAGCGCAUGCCGGAGUGUGAGCCGACCUGUUGUCGUCCUCAUAUUUAAACGCUCAAGUUUCCUACCUUCGUAGCUCUGAUUCCCAAUGCUCUAUGGACUGAUCAAAAAGUACACGAAACCAUACCUCCUUUAAUACCUACUAGAGGAGAUUUUCAACAGUAUCCCGCUCGAAAAUGGGCCCCCAUAUCCUCCUUCUCGUCUGGCUUUAUACAGUCCUAUCCCUCGGCGCCGCCGUCUCCCCUCUUCACGAUCGGAACCUCGCCCCGCGGAAAGUUGACGCCACAUUCAUGACCUUCCCGGUGCCCCGCUGUAGCUCCGCCGGCAAGGUUGAAAGACACAUCAAUGGGCGUUGUGAGCGCUUGGAGCCUCGUGUCAGGGCGCUAGUAGUCAGGGAGGUUCUCGAUGGUUGUAGGACUUUUGGCUUUUCGACCCCGACCUGCUCUGGGCUGAGGACUGUGUUGCGUGAGGAUCGGUGCUAUAAUGUGACGAGUUAUGCGUCGACGAGGACACUCUGCAACCAGCUGGGAUGAUUGAGCUGGAAGUUGGAAUGUGCUUGUUGAGAAAACGUACGGAAUGCAUAU